AUGUCACUCUUCUCGGUGGUCGAGGACCGCCCUACUCCCCGCCAGGUCUACAACUGGCGGAUUUUUGUCUUGGCUGCCAUCGCGUCGUCGGCCUCAUGUAUGAUCGGUUAUGACAGCUCGUUUAUCGGACAAACCGUCGAAUUGACUUCUUUCCGCGAUGAAUUCCACUUCGAAGACUGGUCCGAUGCCAAACAGGACCUUGUCACGGCAAACAUUGUUUCGCUAUACCAGGCCGGUGCCUUCUUCGGUGCGCUCUUCGCCUACCCCAUCGGUUUCUACCUGGGUCGGAGAUGGGGCCUUAUGAUCACUGGCAUUAUCUUUGUUUUGGGUUCUGGCUUGAUGCUGGGUGCCAAUGGUGACCGGGGUUUGGGGUUGAUGUAUGCCGGCCGCGUCCUUGCUGGAAUAGGUGUGGGUGCUGGUUCGAACUUGACACCUAUCUAUAUCUCGGAAUUGUCGCCGCCAGCUAUUCGCGGUCGCUUGGUCGGUAUUUAUGAAUUAGGAUGGCAGGUGGGAGGUCUGGUUGGAUUCUGGAUCAACUUUGGAGUCUCGGAAACUCUCCCUGAAAGCCACAAACAAUGGCUUAUUCCCUUUGCCGUCCAGCUUAUUCCUUCUGGAUUUCUCUUGGUCGGUUCCUUCUUCAUCCGCGAGUCUCCCCGAUGGCUGUUCGGCCGCGGCCGUCGCGAAGAAGCCGUCACGAAUCUCUGCUGGGUUCGUCAACUGGCCGCAGACGAUGUCUACAUUGUCGAAGAGAUCGCUGCCAUCGACCAAGCUCUCGAGGAGCAAAAGGCCAAAAUCGGUACCGGAUUCUGGAAGCCGUUCAAGGCGGCCGCGACCAACCCCAACGUUAUGUGGCGGCUAUUCCUCGGUUUCAUGCUUUUCUUCUGGCAGAACGGCUCCGGAAUUAAUGCCAUCAAUUAUUACAGUCCCAAGAUUUUUGAAAGUAUCGGCAUCCGGGGCAGGGAAAACCAACUUCUGAGCGGAGUCUUCGGAGUGGUCAAAACCGUGGUUACCAUUAUUUGGUUGUUGUUCCUGAUUGAUAACUUAGGAAGGCGGAAGCUUCUUAUUGCCGGCGCAAUCUCGGGAUCGGUAUGCUUGUGGGUCAUCGGCGCAUAUAUCAAAAUUGUCGACCCGGAGAACAACCCUAAGCCAAAUCUUGACAGCCCCGGCAUCAUGGCAAUCGUUUUCUUUUAUCUUUACACAGCGUCGUACAUUCCUUCAUGGAACGGGACCCCAUGGGUACUUAAUUCAGAGAUGUUUGAUCCAAAUAUGCGUUCUCUGGCUCAAGCUGUGGCCUCCGCGAGCAACUGGUUGUGGAAUUUCCUCAUUUCGCGCUUCACUCCGCAAAUGCUGAGCACAAUGCAGUACGGCACAUACUUUUUCUUUGCCAGUCUAAUGAUUCUUUCCGCCUUUUAUGUUUUCUUCCUCAUCCCGGAGACGAAGGGUGUGCCGCUCGAGCGUAUGGACCGGUUGUUCGAAGCCAAACCGGUCUGGCGCGCGCAUGGCCGGAUCUUGCAGCAAUUGCAGGAGGACGAGGCUGAAUUCCGGCGGGAGAUUGAGGACUCCAAGCUGUGUGAUGACAAGUCGAGGGAGGAGUUUGUCGAGAAGGCAUGA